CGGGCAGGGCGUUGGGCUGAUUGUUGGGUUAAGCUUGGGCGCCAGGGAGACUGCGACGGUGUCGCGAGUUCGAAGCUGGGUUUCCUCGCAGAAGGGGAAGGGGAGGAAUCCAGUUGUUUGCGGGACAGGGUUGCGUUCAGGCUUGGGGGAAAAAUGAACAAAGAUGCACAAAUGAGAGCAACUAUCAACCAAAAGCUAAUUGAAACAGGAGAACGGGAACGACUUAAAGAAUUAUUGAGAGCCAAAUUAAUUGAAUGUGGUUGGAAAGACCAGUUGAAGGCACAUUGCAAAGAUGUCAUCAAAGAGAAAGGGCUAGAGCAUGUCACUGUUGAUGAUUUAGUGGCUGAAAUCACUCCCAAAGGCAGAGCCUUGGUACCUGACAGUGUAAAGAAAGAGCUUCUUCAAAGAAUAAGAACGUUCCUUGCCCAGCACGCCAGUCUUUGAUUCUUGCUUUUGCAUCUUAUUGUAUUGUAUUAAGCGGAUCAUGCCAGAAACUGGAAGACACGUUCCAUGUUUUAGGAUUACAGUUCAUGUUUUUUUAAUUGUUAGUUACUGGAAGUGUACUUUGUUACAUUGACUUCUUAACCUUGGUAUUUUAAUAAUAAAAAGCAUAAAUGCAAUGAAAUGUAAGCUAUGGGUGUAUGUUGGAAAGAGAUUAAAAGGAUGUUAUGCGACUCAG